CUUACACCAUGUCGUCGUCGUCGUCCUCGCCUGCCGCCGCUAUCGCACUCCCCCGCCCUGCUACUACCGAUGAAUCGGCACGUAAACCGCCUGUCUGGUCCAUUGAUCAAACCGCCACUCCGUCACAAGAGGUCCCGCCAACUGCUCUCUGCGCGCGACACAAUCGGCCCGAUGGCGUCUGCUGCAAAGAAUUGAAAGGAGACGAUCGUACUCUCAUCAACCCAGAGAUUGUCCGCGACAUCGUCAUCGGUCUCUCAGAUGGUCUCACUGUCCCCUUCGCCCUCACAGCGGGCCUUUCUUCACUGGGCGAGUCGCGCUUAGUCGUACUCGGCGGUGUCGCCGAACUCAUCGCUGCCGAACGCGACCACUACCGCUUCCAGCGCACCUCGACCGCGGCCCGCGUAGUCCGCUCCUGCGACGGAGAGAUGGAGCGCGAGGUGUCUGAUGUGCUUGGGCCCAUCGGCGUCGAUGCGAAGACCUGCCGCGCCGUCGCAAGAUGCCUCCGGGACGCGGAACUGCCGGCCAGUUCGAACAACAGCGUGCAAGCACACGACCUCGAGUCGAACGACUCUCUGCGAUGGUCGAAGGAAGUUGGAUUGACGCCCUUCUUGCUCAAGUUUGGAGAGGGUCUCGAGGAGGUGCCGACUUCUCGGCUAUACUCGUCUGCGGCUACCAUUGGUGCCGGCUACCUCAUCGGCGGCAUCAUCCCCCUCAUCCCGUACUUCUUCAUCCCACGGGCCAGCAUCGCUCUCAUGUGGUGCCAUCAUCACUGGUCUCGUCUUGCUGGUGCCAAAGGCUAUGUCUGGGGUGCUGUGAGCACACUUCUUGUCGGCGGUGUCGCUGCCGCUGCAGCGUUUGGGAUCGUUAGAGCACUGGAGGGCCAAGAUGUAUUUUGUAUUUUAUCUUGGGCCACAUACAACUCUCAAGCCCUAACCCCAACGGCUUCUGAUGAGAUCAUUCACGAUGAAACCAUUCUGUGCGGCGUAACGCCCGCCGCAGGGCCAGGUUCCAUCGCGUUCCACGACCUCAAGACUGGAUCCACACUCGCGUCAUUCAAACAGACUACCUCUGCUCUCCAUUCGACCGCCGUCGUCCAGACUCGAGAUGGUCAAGGCGGCUUACUUUUUGCAGCACAGCAGGAUAAGUCUAUUAUGAAUGUUUACAACUUCCAAAAGGUGAUCAAAUCAACCAUUUCGGAGAAUAUUGUGCCGGAGGGACUGCUCAAGGACGCAUCUACCUUUGGGAGAUCGCGUCCGGAUACUGUUCAAUUCCUGGGACGCGCACUACCGUCAAGUUACCGUGCUGAAAUUCACCCACGACGGCGCAGGGCUUGUGUCUGGCAAUUACUGGACGACGAUGUAUUGAACGAUCUCCCUCUCCCCUACUGCGUGCUCUCGGACCACACUUUGCCUGUGACGGACAUCGCAUGUGGAAUUGGCGCGUUUCCACGUUGCCGGAUCCUGUCUGCUUCUGUGGACCAUUCUCUAUGGGACCUUGCGUCUCAGUCACUCCUCACCACGUUCCAGUUCCCCCAGCCGAUCUCGUGUCUGGCGUGGGACGCGACGGAGCGACUGUUCUUUGCUGCGUCGAAGGACGGGUCCAUCCACCAGAUGAAUCUGUUCAAGCAGCGCGAAGACAAGAGUGGCGCAGCGCGCGUGGAUGCGAUUGGCGGUGCUGGUGUAACGGACAUCAUCCGUGCAGGAGAGGAGGACACGCGAAAGGCACAGAAGCGGCGGCUUAUUUCUGUUGGGGAACCCGUUCUAUCGAUCGCCAUCUCCCUGACGUCGACUUUACUUCUGGCUGGGACAUCAACGGGGCUGAUCCACAUCUACGACAUCCCAUCGCACCAACUGCUGCGCAGUGUAUCGACGCACAAAGGCAGUUCAAUAACGCAGUUGGCAACACUGUUGAAGCCCCCAGAUUUGAUCGGACACGUGAGCCUGAGCCUGCAGGCGGGGACGUCGUCCAUGGUGCCGGUUAGACAUGUUGCCCCGUUCCAGCGCAUGAAGGAUGCGAAGGCGAGAGAGACUCGCGAAGUGACGAUGACGUUGUCUACUCCGGCCAAGGACGAGUCGGUUCUGUAUUCACCGGAGGCCUUGCUUCGGGACCACGAAUUCUUUGUCAAAGCCACUGGUGGGGGCGAUACCGUGUCUCUGCAGUCCAAAGUCACCGAACUGGAGUCGGAGGUCGCGCGCUUACGAGAGCAGCUCGGCAAAGCCAAGGGUAUCAACGAUGCCAUCUGGGAAACCGUCGUGCACAAGGUUGUGAAGCCGGACGCGGUUUCGGGUGAACCUCAGCGCAAACGAGGUCGGACAGACGAUACUUAG